UUGGGAGUACUAGUACUAGUACCAAUUAUUUGAAAUAAACGAAAAAGAAAUAAUCGCCUACAUACCUUUUUAUCGAUAAAUCUUUACGGAAAAUCUCCGAAUUGGGAACCUAACUUCAUCUAUUCCAAAGCAAGUUAUCAUCGAUUCAUCAUCGUCUGUGAAAACCCUCAUGAGUUGAGACAAAUAAAGAAUGGCAGACUUACCAGGUUAUCUGUUAACCUGUCUGUACUCUGGAAAACUUGCACUUUUGGCAAUUUUGGUAUCUGGAGGGAUCGUAUUGCAAAUACUUGCAUGUGUUUUGUACAAUAAUUGGUGGCCAAUGCUAACAGCAAUUAUGUAUGUGAUUCUCCCUGUGCCAUUGAUAUUAUUUGCUGGAGCAGAUACUUCUGUUCUGUUUGCCGAAUCUGAAAACAGUUGGGUGGAUGCGACCAAGUUCUUGACAGGAGCUUCAGCAGUAGGAAGCAUUGCGAUUCCUAUAAUCUUGAAGCAUGCAGAUGUGAUUACAUGGGGGGCCUUUGCAAUGGAGAUUUCGUCUCUUUUUGUGUUUGUUACUGCCAUAUUCUGUUUCAUUGGCCUCCAUAACAGUGAUGAUGGAGGAGGGUAUCAUUCCAUUUGAUCCGACCCCCAUCCCCAUCAUCAUCAUCGUAUGUGUUUGAUGUUUCAAAAAAAAAAAAAAAGAAUCGAUGGGGUUUUGAUUGAUAUGUUUGGAACCUCAUCUUAUUGUUUGUGUAAAUGUAUUCUAUUCUAUUGUGUUCUUUCUAGAGAACUAACAAUGUGGCAAGUUUUGUUGCAUUGGUUACAAGUCACUGUGACUUGGGUUUGUUUAGAAAGAGCUUACGCUUAUAACUUCUUGUUUGUGUAAUUGGUUUUACAUAUUUGGGAAUUUGGAAGUUGGUUUCUA